AGACUUGUAGUAACCAAAAUCCGGUGAACCCCACAAUUCAUAUAGAUAAAUUCCUGACUUGUCUUUCUUUCUAUUCAUCCUCAUCCAUUUCCUCUUUCUUGUACAUUUUCCCAUUUUAAUCCAAAAUCCAAUCCAAAUGAAAACGAUGACGACGAUCCACGACUUCCCGGACGCGGUCCUAGCCCACAUAAUAUCCCUCCUCUCCGACACCCGCACCCGCAACUCGACCUCCCUGGUGAGCCUACAGUGGCGCGCCCUCGAACGCCUUACCCGGUCCCACCUCUCCCUCCGCGGCAACAUCCGGCACCUCCUCUUCCACCUCCCCACCUGCUUCUCCGCCGUCUCCCACCUCGACAUCUCCUCACUCUCACCCUGGGGCAUCUCCCUCCACCCCCACAUCAUCUCCACCGCAACCAAUGAUCACAACAACGCUUCUUUUCUGCUUGCUCACCGUCUUCGUCUCGCUUUUCCAGCCGUCACCUCACUCACUCUCUACUCCCGCUACCCUUGCACGCUGUCGCUGCUGUCGCCGUUGUUCGAUUUGAUCGAGGAUGUAAAGCUCAUUCGGUGGCAUCAGAGGCCGAAUAACAUCCCACUUGGGUCAGAUUUCUUUGUGUUGUUUCAGAAUUGUGCCCGUCUUAAGUCGGUUGAUUUAUCGUCUUUUUACUACUGGACUGAGGAUCUUAUGUCGGCCCUUGAGGCUCAUCCCAGAUUUGGGGUUAAUUUGGUGGUUUUGAAUUUGCUCAAUUUUUCGUUGUCCGAGGGGUUUAAGUCGCAGGAGGUUGUCGAUGUUACUAGGGCGUGUCCCAAUUUGAGGGAUUUUAGGGUUGGUUGUGUGUUUGAUCCAAGGUAUAUUGGGUUUCUUGGGGACGAGGCGCUUUCGGCGAUUUCGUCCAAUUGUAAGGAGCUUAGGGUUCUUCAUCUUGCGGAUAUAGCUCAGGGUGUUCGAGAAUUUGAUGAUCAAGGGUUUUGUAGCGAGGAUGCUGGGCUUACUGUUCAGGGAAUUGUGAGUUUUUUUUCUGGGUUGAUUUUGGUUGAGGAGUUGGUGUUGGAUGUUUGGCGGAAUGUGAGAGGGAGUUGGGUGUGUUUGGAAGCUUUGGCUUCGAGGUGUCCCAAUUUGAGGUCGCUUGAGUUGGGAUGUUUUCAUGGGAUUUGUAAGGCCAUUGAGUCUCACUUGGAUGGGAUUGCCCUUUGUCAAGGGCUUGAGUCGUUAACGAUUAAGAACUCGGCUGAUUUGACUGAUUUCGGGUUGAUUGCCAUUGGGAGGGGUUGCUCCAAGCUUACUAAGUUUGAGGUGAUUGGAUGUAAGAAGAUCACUAUGAGGGGAUUGAGGACAAUGGUGUGCUUGCUUAAGAGGACACUAGUUGAAGUCAAAAUUUCGGGUUGUAAGUAUCUUGAUGCCUCUGCUUCGUUAAAGGCUGUGGAGCCUAUAAGGGGAAUGCUUAGGAGACUCCACAUUGAUUGUGUUUGGAACGGUGAGGAACCUGAGUACGAGGAAGAGGUAACCAUGUUAGGUAUUGAUUAUAACCAUAAAUAUGAAGGCAAGGAUGAUGAGGAAGAAAGUAGUAGAAUGAGAAAGAGGACCAAGGUUUCAUGGAAUACUGAGAGCUGGUUCAUGGGCAACAUGGAAGGUAGCACUAGCAAUGGAUAUGUUACUCAGACUUGGGGACGUCUCGAGUUUCUAUCACUGUGGAUUGGAGUUGGAAAGCUUUUGACACCAUUGGCCAAUGCAGGACUGGAUGAUUGCCCCAAGCUUAGGGAAAUUCAUAUCAAAGUAGAAGGAGAUUGUCGAGAAAGGCCAAAGCCAUCACAGGGAGCAUUUGGGAUCAGCUCGCUUGGGCGAUAUCCAAUGUUGUCGAAGAUGAAGCUUGAUUGUGGAGAUACAAUAGGUUAUGCGUUGACAGCUCCGUCCGGGCACAUGGACCUUAGCCUAUGGGAGAGAUGGUUCUUGACUGACUUAAGGAGUUUGAGGCUUAAUGAGCUCGAUUAUUGGCCUCCACAAGAUAGGGAAGUCAAUCAACGGAGUCUAUCACUUCCAGCAGCUGGACUACUUCAAGAGUGUGAUACAUUAAGGAAGCUCUUUAUUCAUGGAACUACUCAUGAGCAUUUUAUGUUGUUUUUCCUUAAAAUUCCAAACCUGAGAGAUGUUCAGCUGAGAGGGGAUUACUACCCAGCCCCAGAGAAUGAUAUGAGCACCGAGAUGAGAGUUGAUUCAUGUUGUCGAUUUGAGUACAAGUUGAAUGAACGUGACAUUCCUGAUUGAUUGUUUCUUUUAGAGCUUUGUUUAGAUGCAAUUUAAUUUUGCUCUGUUUUCUCGAAAAAAAAUAAAAUAAAAAAAUGUUGCUCUUUUCUCUCUCCUCCAUACUCUCGUCCUCCCUGCUCCUAGGUUACAUCCUCUCCUAAGCCUACCGGCGACUGCGGCUUUCAAGCUAACAAUGGCAGAAGGAAAAAAUCCCAAAUUUGAAUUUGUAUUUCAGCAUCAAUUGCUGACGGUGAACAAAUCUAGAACGAACGUGAAGUUGAAAUGAUCGGUCAAUGAUUUUUAUAUUUGUUACCUGUCGAGGAUGUCCGCUUCCUAGAGUUUCGUCAUCGCUCUAAUGGCAUAAUUUAAGGGUGCAUAGGAACGGAGGUCGGGAAAAGCAAGCGGAGAAGUUACUGAUAGUCCAUGGUGGCGACGGCGACGUCGAGACAUUAAUGGUUGUGCUUAUAGAGGGAAGUAUACAAGGAGCUUGUCAAAGUGCAUAUUAUCUAACACCAGAGGUUUUGGAGCGCAACUAUGAGAAAGAGAUAGAUGUGUGGAAUGCUGGGGUCAUUUUAUGCAUUUAUCUAAGUGGAGUUCCUCCCUUUUUGGGCUGAGAUUGAAGCUGGGAUUUUUUUAUCAGAUCAAGAACGGGAAGCUUGGCUUGAGUCACACAUCCAUGGCCUUUAAUUUCUGCUAGUGCCAAAGACUUAUUUGCUAAUAUGUUAGAAAGAAACCCUAAGGCGUGUAUAAGUGCUGCAGAGGCACUUAGUAUGUAAUUUUUUGGUCGACUAAGAUUUGAUGAUAGGGAAUUUUGACAUGGAAACUACUUUUGACUACCCACAAUUCACAUAUUACCUAUGAAUCAGAACAUCCAUGGCUCAAAGAAGACAAUGAUGGUUCUGAGAAACCUAUUGACAACACUAUUCUUAUGAGGAUGAGCUAUGAACAAACUUAAGAAGCUCGCACUCAUGGUGGAAUAGAAAAUCUAGAAACUCUUUUAAGACUACUCCACAUGGCUAUAUAUAUGUCAGACUUGAGAAAAUCUCCAACAAAUAUGAGGAGAAGAAAAGCAAGGGAUGAUACUAGGAGAGGUGGCUAUGCUAAGUAUGUUAUAUUAUCUAAUUCUUUUUACUUUUAAUUUUCCUGUUAUUUAAAAAAUAUUUCUUUUUGGUUAUUAAUCUUUGGUCAACUAAUUAAUGAAGAGCAAAAGAACACCUUUCACAGAA